AUGAGCAGCCCCUCUGCUUCAUUAAAUACGUCUGGGCAAAAGCUGCCUCAUCUCACAAACAAUCUGCCUACAUCUUGGCGGCUGUCACCCAUCGCCAAGGUCAUUGGUCGACCCUGUCAGUCGCCCGUCUUGUCACCCGGCGGUGCGGCCAUCACGAGCGCUCCCGCACAGCCCGCAGCGCACCGCCGCCCGCCCGCCUGA